AUGUCGCAGACGCAGGCCGAGGAGGACGUCAAACACGACGACGGUGAAGAGGAAGACGCAUCACCAGCACACUCCACGUCACCCUUGUGUGAGACAUGCUUGGCGUUCCUCAUCAGCGAAGUGAAGCAAGAGCAAGUGAGUCAUAAGGACGAAGCCGACGCCGACGUAGAUGACGCAUCCGAUCUACUGCGUGCGGCAGCGUUCUUCCAGUGGGCGCUUGUGCUCCUUGGUCUGCUGGCCAUCGCACUGGUUGCGGGUGGGUUUGAGAUCACCACAGACUUAGUGUGCGCCACCAACGCCACAAACGCGUCCUUUGCUGGAACGGACAUCAACUUCAAGACCGUCAAUGCGUCAAGGAUUGCGCCAUUCCAUUUUGGCAAGGGCAAGGCCUUUGAACGCGAAACAACAAAGUCCGGGGACCCAAAGAGCGUCCCCUUCAUCGAAACGCAGUCACACAUCUACGCCUGUACACUGGUCAUGUGCGUGGCGGCGACAGCGCUCGUGCUCUCCGGCGAGCUGACGUUCUGGCGGCAGCUGGCCAUGUUGCGAUUGGCGGCAGCAAGUGAGAGACGCAAGGAAACGAAAACCGAUUCCAACGCCAAUGGCGACACGGGCGCCGCCACUGCCGACACAAGUGCUGCGGUGUCUCGGCCAGCGAGCAGGCAGGGGCGCAACGGCAACACCAGCUUCGACAGUGGCAUGGGUGACGCGGAUGGCACAGGCCCAGGACCAACAGCAUGCACGUGUGGCAGGCGCUUGAGCGCUCUUGCUGCUCGACACAAUGGAAGACGGCGCAGGGGGAGCAAAGGCCGACAAAGCAUCAGCACGGACGAGGCGCACAGGGGUAGUGCCAGUGCCAACAGUGCCUUCACGUUACCUGGCCUUGUCAGGCAUCCGUCCUCCAGCACCGCAAGCCCCAUUAACCGCAACAGCGUGGUGUCGCCACAACCCAGCUUUGAUGACCAAGUGCCGCUCAGCGAUCCAGCUUCGAGCACGCCGCACCCUGACCUCCCCGCUACAGAGGACGAAGGGUCAGAGGGAAGGGAAGCGCAGCAGAAACGUUGGCGCCGGAGCCUUACAAAGAGCGACGUCCCCCGCGUGCUCUGGGCGGCGUGGUGGCUGUUGCGCGCUUGGACGUGGGUUGGGUUUUCCUCGGCGAGCGGCAAGCGCGCGACGCUGCCACAGUGGCUGCUCUUCGCCACCACCUUCACCUCCCUCUACAUGCUCACAGGCGUGGCUGUGAAGAACGCCAUCGGCCUUGGUGUCUUGCAAUACCUGAUCCCGCCGGGCGUGGCGCUCAUCGGCCUUGCUCUGGGAUCACUGUUGCAGCACUUGCAGCGGCUGCUGGUCGCCCGUUUUCGCCAUGCGCACAAGGACACAUCGGAGAAGAUGUUCGUGCACAUGAUCUCGGUUGGCGGCUCCAUCCUUCUGGCGCAGGUGUUCCUGUUUUGCUUUCUUGUGGCGUACGCCUACAGCACGACGCCCUGCUUUCCCAGAUGGAACGCGCCAAUCUAUAGGGGCGACGCACAAUUUGUGUCCAGCCUGCUGUACCAGCGCUUCUGGGGCACCAUGGAUCUUGCGCUCCACUUGACGUUUCUCAAUGUGUGGUGGCUGAUGGAGGUGUGCAUGGGCCGCAUGUCGGUCUCCCGUCUGCUGCGGCUCAAGCAGUCACGCGUGUCCACGUUCUGCUGCCUCUUGGUUGUGCUUGCCUCGGCGGCGGCCGUGGCAAACUUCUCCAAUGUGUUUGCCGAGCAGCCCGCCCUAUUCCUGUUUGACGACGGACUCAACUACUUCCCGCCCAGCCUCACGUUUGCGCUAUCGAUUGCUGUGUUUGUGUUGUGGGGCCUUGUGUUCCUCACCCUCAUGGCGGCCACGAUUCACCAGCGCUUGGGAUUGGUGAAAGAGCCCGUCAUCGGCUACAUCCUCAUCAGCUAUGUGGAAGAGGACGCACCACUCGCCAACCGCUUGCUGGAGCAGCUGCAGAGCGUGUGUCGUGACAAGUUUCCCCACGAGCAGGUGAUUCCGCUGCGCUUCUCCGCGCGGGAUAUCAAGCUGCUGGCGGCAUCGCUCCAUAGUACUCACCACGGCGCGCACCACACCAGCGUUGCGGCCGCCGACGCCGCCGAUGCCCCCGACGGCGGUGAAGAGGCUGCCCGUCGCGCGGCAGAGCUGCGGCAAAUCCUGGAGCAGGACGGCGUGACACGCAUCUUUGUCCCACUGCUCACGUGGCACCGUGACGGCGGAGGUGGCUCUGUGCAGCGCCUCUGCAGCAGCACCAGCGGCCGCGGCGACGACUUUUUCCUGGAGCUCGUGCUUGCGCAAGUGCUGCUGGAUCUGGGCGUGUUACAGUCCACGUAUUCCAUUCUGAGUGGGGGACUACCAGACGGCUCUGUGUACUACGACUCUUUCUUCAGCCACUACAGGCCAUCUCAAUUGGCAUCGGCGGUGCCCUUGCUGAUCCAGGGCUUGGUGCCGGCGCUUCAGAGGCACUUCUCCGCCACGAGCAACAGCAGCGAGGCCACAAUGAGCUUCUCGCAGCUCGUCAAGUCCGCCCACUCACAGGCGUGGAGUAUGUCGCCAAGCAAAUACUCUCCCCAGGCCCUGUUGACAGGCAUGCUGCAGCUGCAGGCCUUCCUCAUCAGCGAGCAUGGUGUUCCCGAACGCGCAGACGCCAAAGCCAUGGAGAGCAUUUCCGAUGUGUUUGUUACUGUGCAUGCUGACAGAGCUGCAAACGCUUCUCACUCGUAA